AAAGCAGUGUUGUUUUUUUUUCAUCUCUCUUUCUACAAAGAGCUGAUAUCUUCAUGUUUGGUCACAGUAAGACAAAACAGAAACGCGUUUCAGGAAAGGAGCGCUUUAGAUGAAGAGAAGGCGCAAUAAGAAAAAUGAAGGUAACUGAAAACAGAAAGAGGUAGUUAGAGAAGAGAUUGUGGUUAAUAAGUAACAGGUUGCAACACUCUCCCCACCCUGCUGGGAGAGCUGCGGUAUGAUUGCAUACAGGCGGAUAUCACUGACAUAAAGGAAAAAAAAGGGGGUUAAAGAAGACAAAAGCGUUGACUCCUCGCUUGCUGUUUUGAAUCGCCGGCCGUGCUCCACGUUUAUUCGUCCCUCAGUCGACGGUCCCACCCAUGGGGAGAGCCAAGGAGAAGUCUGGGCCCUUGGCUCGGAGGCCGGACAACUCGGCUUUCAAGCAGCAGCGGCUGCCCGCCUGGUCUCCAAUGCUAACCGCUAAUACCGUGCUGCCUUUCUUCUACCUCCUGUCUGUGGUAUGCAUGCUGCUUGGAGUGUGGCUGCUCCUCACCGUGCAGAGCACACAGGAAAAGAAGCUGAACUACACCAAGCAUGGAGACUGCAAUCUAUGUUUUGAAAUGCGGCAAAACGUGAGCAACGCAGGGCAGACCUGCAGCUGCAAGGUGGAGUUUUCCAUCGACAGGACCUUCAAGGGAGAUGUCUUCUUUUACUAUGGCCUUAAAAACUUCCACCAAAACCUGCGCAGGUAUAUGGACUCCAGAGAUAAUGAGCAGACGGUGGGCAGGAUAAAAAAUCUAAAGAGCCCAAGUGUGUAUUGCGAACCGUUUCAAACAGUUGAGAAUGAAGUCCCCAUCGCUCCCUGCGGAGCCGUCGCCAACAGCAUGUUCAAUGACUCCUUCACGCUGACCUACCAUACCUCCAGAGGUCGUGAUGUACCUGUGCCUCUCCUACGGAAGGGCCUCACAUGGUACACAGACAAAAACAUCAAGUUCCGCAACCCGAAGACAGACAAUCUAACUCUGGCCCAGGUGUUUGAAGGCACGAGGCCGCCUCCGUUCUGGCAGAAGCCUGUAUACGAACUGGACCCACAUGACCCGAUCAACAAUGGUUUUAUUAAUGAGGAUCUGAUCGUCUGGAUGAGGGAGGCAGCUUUCCCCAACUUCAAGAAGCUAUAUGGGAUUUUAAACAGGGCAGAUGCUCCCUUCACAAACGGGCUUCCGAAGGGAAACUACAGCAUCGAUAUAUCCUACAAUUUCCCUGUGCAGUACUUCCACGGUGAAAAGGAAGUGGUGCUGACCACGCUGACCUGGUUUGGAGGCCAGAACCAUUUCCUCCCUAUUGCUUACCUGGUAACCAGCAGCCUGAUCCUGCUGAUGGCCGUCGUCCUCACCGUGGCCUGGUGGAAGUUCGGAAAGGAUGGCAAGAACAUGAAGGACUGACGAGUGAAAGGCGCCACAAUGCUGAGGACUGAAACCGAUAAAAACUAAAAGUAGAUACUCGUGCUGCUGAGCAGGAAUGCAAACCAUAUAUGGUAAAGGAAUAAAACUUGAUAAAAUGGAGGAUGAAACUCAGGGAAAUUUACCAGCAGUUUAAACCCGUUUAUCCACGCACGAAAGCUUUCAUUGUUAAAAACAAGUUUUUAAAGGAGGUCAUCAUGCUGCACUCCCUGUACCUCAGCUGAAAUUCAAACAUGCAAGUUUAAACCUUGGUGAACUUCAUUCUUUGUGUUCCUGUUUUCUAUGAAUGAUGUGAAUCUUCACAUUUGCCUGAUGCAUACCUCACAGUAGGGACGUGCUAAAUUAGAGCACAAGGUGCCAUAACAUGGCGUUAGGUAAAAACACAUGGCAGAUAGAUGAUAAAGUAAAAUGGGAGACACAUCAGCUGUUUUUUGGAGAAAAAAACCCAAAAGGAUUAAAAUAAUUAAAAAUUCCAAAGACUAGUUUUUAGAGAUGCACUGAGUAAAGAGCUUAUGACUGAAAUUGGAACAAUUUUCUUCUUGAUCGGGCUGUCAAACUCCUAAUGCCAAUCUUUUUCCUUUUUUUUUCAAGAAAAACUAUUACUAAACUAAGAGGUCAGACAAACCUCUCUGAUUUUCCAUACGAUAUUACAGGGACGUUAUGAACCUCACUGUUAAAUAUUUCUGCCCAAAACCUUAACUGAACUUUGAUUUUUAGUAGUGUAUCUUUAUUUAAAAUGAUGAAAUGUUUUGAGUAUAAUUAUAAAACCAUGACUUUUCUGGAAAUUGUGGGCUUUUUGUGUAGAUAUUAGUUUUGGGGCGCUUUAAAGGUAAAACUCUUAAUUCUUUCAAUAAAGUCUGGUAAAAAAAAAAAAA